CACUUUGAUUGAAACAAUGCAGCCAAAUAACAGCGUAACUGAGUUCAUACUGUUAGGAUUGACAUCAGAUCCUAUGAGGCAGAAAAUGGUGUUUGUAAUCUUCUUCAUUUUCUAUGUGGGAACCUUGGUGGGGAAUUUGCUUAUUAUCAUGACCAUCAAGUCCAGCCGGACACUUGGGAGCCCCAUGUACUUCUUCCUAUUUUAUUUGUCCUUGGCUGAUAUCUGCUUGUCAACUUCCACAGCCCCUAGACUGAUUGUGGAUUCCCUGUCUGCCAAAAAAAUCAUAUCUUACAGUGAAUGCAUGACUCAAGUCUUUGCACUGCAUUUCUUUGGCUGCAUGGAGAUCUUUGUUCUCAUUCUCAUGGCCGUUGACCGUUAUGUGGCCAUCUGCAAACCCUUGCGUUACCCAACUAUUAUGAGCCGCCAGGUCUGCAUUAUCCUGAUCACUCUUGCAUGGAUAGGGUCUUUUAUACAUUCUAUGGCUCAGAUUGUCUUGGCCUUGAGAUUGCCCUUCUGUGGACCCAAUCUGAUUGAUCACUAUUGCUGUGACUUGCAGCCUUUGUUGAAACUUGCCUGCAUGGACACCUAUGUGAUCAAUCUGCUGUGGGUGACUAACAGUGGGGCCAUUUGCUCCAGCAGUUUUGUAAUUCUGAUGACCUCGUACAUUCUUAUUCUGCAUUCCCUGCAAAACCACAGUGCAGAAGCGAGGAAGAAAGCCCUCUCCACUUGCACUUCCCACCUCAUUGCAGUCAUCUUAUUCUUUGGUCCAUGUAUAUUUAUAUACACACGCCCCCCAACCACUUUCCCCACGGACAAGAUGGUGGCAGUAUUUUAUACUAUUGGAACACCCUUUCUCAAUCCAAUCAUCUACACACUGAGGAAUGCAGAAGUGAAAAAUGCCAUGAGAAAGUUAUGUCAUGUUAAAAUUACAUCAGAAAACAAAAGAUAAAUGAGGGCUUUGUUUGAUUAGUUAUUGAGUCAUAGUUUGGCUGAAUCUGUACAGAUAACAAACAUAAUAGUGUAUCUCG